CUUUUUGUUGGAAUAAAAUGAAAUUGAAUUUAUAAAACCCUAACUCCUUCUUUGCUUAAGCCCCCUCUUUCUUCUUCCUCCUUCCCGCAGUCCUCUUUCUCUCUCUUCUUCUCCAAACAUGCCGAAAUCCAAAAGAAAUCGCGCAGUGACCUUAUCAAAGACAAAGAAGAAGGGAAGAGAGCAUAAGGAGGUGAUUGUUAACUCAAUAAGGGAAGCAGCAGAGAAGUUUCCCUCUGUUUACGUCUUCGCUUUCGAGAACAUGAGGAAUCUUAAAUUCAAACAGUUCAGAGAUUCUAUCAAGUCCUCCGGCAGAUUCUUUCUUGGAUCGAACAAAGUCAUGCAGAUUGCUUUAGGUCGUUCUGCUUCUGAUGAGAUUAAACCUGGCCUUCAUAAAAUUUCAAAGUUUUUGCGUGGAGAGACUGGUCUUUUCUUUACAGACAUGUCAGAGGAAGAGGUCAAAAAAGUUUUUGAAGAGUUUGAAGUUUUUGAUUUUGCAAGGACGGGAUGUCUUGCUACCGAGAAGGUGGAGCUUAAAGAAGGACCUCUGACUGAGUUCAGCCAUGAGAUGGAGCCCUUUCUACGCAAGCAAGGGAUGCCUGUGCGAUUAAACAAAGGUGUAAUAGAGCUUAUUUCAGAUUUUGUUGUUUGUGAAGAAGGGAAUCCUUUGUCACCCGAAUCAUCUCGUAUCCUGCGUCUACUUGGAGUGAAGAUGACUUUGUUCAAGCUUCAUCUGAUCUGUAGUUUGAGAGGUUAUGAUUUUGAGGUGUAUAGAGAAGGGUUGGAAGAAUCUGACGUCGAGUCUUCUUAAAGAUGUAGCAAAUUUUGGUGUGAGACUGCUCUUUUUGGUAGAUGAAACUUAGAUAAGAGAUAGGAUCUUCCCCUGGUGUUUCUCUACCUCAAAUGUUCAGUUUUUGCUGUCCUUGGGGAAUGGGGAGCUGGAAGCCAAAUAUGAAAGUCAUUUUAUUACAUAAUUUGAUUGUAAUCGGUCUUUAAGUACUCGAUGUGUAAUAUGUAGUGAUGAACAAGAAAUUUUGAUGAGAUAGAACAACAGCAACGCUAAAUUCAUUAGUCUAUAUUUUGUUACGGUUGUGAAA